CUCCAGCUCAUUGGAGGACGCGGCUGGGAUGUAAGGCUUGGAAGAAAAGACGGCAGAGUGUCACUAGCUUCGAGAGUUCCCGGGAAUUUGCCGAACGUAAACAUGUCAGUUGCUCAGCUCACUUCAUUCUUUAAAACUCGAGGAUUCAGCCAAAGAGAAUUGGUCGUCUUGUCCGGAGGCCACAGUGCUGGUUUCGCUCACUGCAACAAGUUCAUGGACCGGAUUUAUGGCAGAAUUGAUCCAACCAUGGAUACCGGUUACGCCAGGGGUCUCAGAGGUACAUGUCCCCAAAGGAAUCUGGACCCGACUGUCGUUGCCAAUCUCGACACCACCACUUCCACCACGUUUGACAAUGUCUUCUACCAAAACCUCCAGAGCAAAAAGGGCCUUCUCCGCUCUGAUCAAGUGCUAUACACCGACCCGAACACUAAGAAAGUCGUGGACUCGUUUGCCUCCAACAACACUGCCUUUCUCAUUGAGUUCGCGGCGGUCAUGGACAAGUUGAGUGCCUUCAAGGUAAAGACAGGCUCUCAAGGUGAAAUCCGGAAAAACUGCGGGGUGAUCAAUUAGUGGUACUGUCCAAAACUAUGUACGGGGAAAAUAAUACCUGGAUGAUUUUUUUUGAUCUAGACAAGUUGAUAAUAACACUCGGUUCGCUUCUGUAACUUUCAGGUCA